UUUCGAACUUUUACCUCAUGUUUUUAAUCUUUACCGCCAAAUUAUUAAAAAUACGAGAGCAUUGUUUUACAUUACAAUACUUGUUUGAUUAAUUUAGCUGGCGAAAUCCACAGAAGAAUACUAACAAUUAGCAGAAGAAGGAGAAAGCUAUAUAACUUUUAUAACCUAAUUACAAGAUGGUGGGUCAAUAUGAUGAAAACUUAUUACCGGAUAUGCUACCAAUUUAUUACACAAAGUACUUCCCGCAGAAUAUAUUUUGUAGAUGGCUUUCAUGUGGAAGUAGUCCUCAGCCACUUUCAAACCGAGAAUUAUCAUUCACCUUAGCUGAUGACGUUUAUUUACGAUAUUUAUCUAUAUGUGAUCAAAAAGAGCUUCAAACCUUAUUCCAAAAGAAAUGUCCUCACAAAUUGGAUAUUGGUGCUGUGUAUAAUACCAAGCCUUCAAUAGCUCGGCAUGACUCAGUAGUGUUGGCUAGAGAACUUGUAUUUGACAUUGAUCUUACAGAUUAUGAUGAGGUACGAACAUGUUGUAAAGAAGCCAAAGUCUGUGAGAAAUGUUGGAAAUUUAUGGUGAUUGCCUGUGAGAUAAUUGAUAAAGCCCUUAAAGAUGACUUUGGUUUCCAGAGUAUACUAUGGGUAUUUUCAGGAAGACGUGGUAUUCAUUGUUGGGUAUCUGAUUAUGAAGCUAGGGUACUUGACAGUCCAGGGAGAGGAGCUGUUGCAGAUUACCUCUGUUUGAUUAUGGGUGGUGAAAACCAAAGUAAGAAAGUGAAUUUGGGAAAUGACAAUUUGCACACAAGCAUCAGGCGUGCAUUGGAUGUAAUAGACAAAUAUUUUGAAGAAAUUUUACAAGACCAAGAAUUUUUUGCAACUGCUGAUGGGUUAAAAGCUCUUUUAAAACUUAUACCUGACGAAACACUCCGUUCACAAGUUGAGAAAAAAUUGGAGAAAUUGCCAGAAUGUUCAUUAGAAAGAUGGAGACAAUUUACUUCCCUUUAUGAUUCUUAUUGCAGAGAAAAUGGGUUUGCUAUUAGAAAAAUGAAAUAUCUAGUAGAAGAAAUUAAAAUACAAUAUUGCUAUCCCCGUUUAGAUGUGAAUGUUACAAAGGGAUUUAAUCAUUUGCUGAAGUCACCAUUUAGUAUACACCCAAAGACGGGCAAGGUCUCCAUUGUUUUCAAACCCAACAACGCAAGGAAAAUGAAACUGAGUGAUGUACCCACUAUAUACUCACUUCUUGAUGAUAGCUCUGCCUACAGUGUUGAACAUCAGAAUAAUAUGAAAACAUCUGUAAAAAACUUUCAAGAGGUAGUGUUUUCAUUAGAGAAAGCAGAGGCAAUGAGAAGAAAAAAUGAUGCUAAUAUAUCAUUGGAGUUCUAAGUUGUAGACUUGGGAAAAGUACCUUUGUUAACAUAAUAUAUAACAAAUAAAAUAAAAAUGCAGUUGUCCCCCAAAUAAGCAGAUUUUAUUUAAUUUUAUACAAAAAAUAUGAAGCUCAAACAUAGUUUGCUAUCAUAGCCAUCACUUUCUUAGUGUGCACUUAAAUAAUAAAAUGUCAUUUACCUAUAAAUUAUAAAUUUGU